AUGGAUGAAACUCCAAAUAUUCAACAAAAUGAAAACAAUCCAUUACCCACUAGGUUUGAAGUGGAAUUAGAGUUCGUUCAAUCUUUAGCAAAUCUUCCAUACGUAACGUAUCUUUUCACUCAACAACAGAGUAGCAAUAAUAAGGAUGGUUAUAAUUUUAAUUGGAAGAGUCCUGAAUUUAAGAAUUAUCUAAAAUAUUUGGAAUAUUGGUGUCAACCUCCAUACAGUCAAUGUAUUGUGUAUCCCAAUGCACUACAUGUCUUAAAAUUGAUUAAUGGUUUUUUUGAAUCACACGCUACUAUUAAUGAAAAUGGUAUGUUAGAUGGAGUAGAUGAACUCCCAAGGUUUCUACAAUCACAAGGUCCACAUUUAAUGAACGAAAUGGUAAAUCGUUGGCAACAAUAA